CCCCGCCAGGCCCCGCCCCGGAAGGACGCGCAGGGGGCGGGGACGGCGGCGGCGGGCGGCCGGGCCGGGCCAUGGGGAAGGAGCAGGAGCUGCUGGAGGCCGCCCGCACCGGGAACCUGCCCGCCGUGGAGAAGCUGCUCUCGGGCAAGCGGCUCAGCUCCGGCUUCGGCUCCGGCGGCGGCUCGGGCGGUGGCGGCGGCUCCGGGGGAGGGGGCGGCGGCGGCGGCGGCGGGAGCGGCGGUGUGGGGCACCCGCUGUCCAGUCUCCUCAGCAUCUGGAGAGGGCCAAAUGUGAACUGCGUUGACAGUACUGGAUACACUCCACUGCACCAUGCUGCUUUGAAUGGUCAUAAGGAUGUGGUGGAAGUUCUGCUGAGGAAUGACGCACUAACCAAUGUAGCAGACUGCAAGGGCUGUUACCCUCUUCACCUGGCAGCGUGGAAAGGAGAUGCAGACAUAGUGAAACUCCUCAUCCACCAGGGACCUUCGCACACUAAAGUGAAUGAGCAGAAUGCUCUUGAGAUCAAAGAACUCAAAAAGUACGGCCCCUUUGACCCAUAUAUCAAUGCCAAGAACAACGACAACGAGACGGCGCUGCACUGCGCUGCCCAGUACGGCCACACAGAGGUGGUGAAGGUCCUGCUGGAGGAGCUGACGGACCCUACUAUGCGCAAUAACAAAUUCGAGACUCCCCUGGAUCUGGCCGCGCUCUACGGGAGGCUGGAAGUUGUGAAGAUGCUCUUGAACGCUCACCCCAAUCUUUUAAGCUGCAACACUAAGAAACACACUCCCCUGCACCUGGCAGCUAGGAAUGGUCACAAAGCUGUAGUCCAUGUCCUCCUGGAUGCUGGCAUGGAUAGCAACUAUCAGACUGAAAAAGGCAGUGCUUUGCACGAAGCUGCUUUGUUUGGCAAGACAGAUGUGGUACAAAUCUUGCUGGCUGCAGGUAUUGAUGUGAACAUAAAGGACAACAGAGGCCUGACAGCUCUGGAUAUUGUGAGGGAACUUCCUUCCCAGAAGAGCCAGCAUAUAGCAGCCCUCAUUGAAGAUUACACAAUUGGGAAGAAAAGUGCCAAAGCUGCAGAGAAGACUGUCCAAGCACCGCUUGUUGCUGCCACUGAUGCUGUGUGCCGGAUAUCUCAGGGUGAUGUGGAGAAAGCGGUGACAGAACUGAUCAUAGAUUUCGAUGUGAACCCUGAAGAGGAGAGCCCGUAUGAAGCUUUGUACAACGCAACGUCCUGCCACUCUCUGGACAGUCUCGCCAGUGGGAGAUCUUCCGACCGAGAGUCUGUGAAUAAGGAAGUGGAAACAAGUGGUGUUAAAGCAGCAGGAGUCAGGCCUCGGGAACGUCCACCCCCGCCUGCCAAGCCACCCCCUGACGAAGAGGAGGAGCAGCACGUGGAGAAGAAGAUAGGCCACGGCGCUUCCUGCGAGGCCUCUGUUGCACGAAGAAAGAGCAGGGGAAGUGGAGCCGAGGAAGAGGAGCAUCCUUAUGAGCUGUUGCUUACAGCAGAAACUAAAAAGCCAGUUCCGGUGGAUAGAAAAACAAAAGACCACAGGAGGAGCAGUGGCAGCCGCAGCCAAGACUCUGCAGACGGCCAGGACAUCCAGGUUCCCGAGCAGUUUUCUGGGUUGCUUCACGGUUCUUCCCCCAUCUGUGAAAUAAGUGAGGACCCUUUCAGGCUCGUCCCUUCCGCGGAGAAAGGAGGCGCCGAAGGUACGAGCCACCCGCCUGCUAUGCAGCUGGAGGAUGCCGACUCGCCUGCCCCCGCGUCGGUACGGACCAGCUCUCCCGAGCGCAACCCGCACGUGGUCUACGCGACCGUCCAGCACGCGCACGCCAACCGGGCGGAUCCCGAAACUCUAGUCACACCCCGCGUGCUUCAGCACCCCGGCGGUGCCGAGGACGAGGGGGACAGAGGCGGCGCUGUGGGCCGAGCCCACCCGGGGAGCAAGCCCAAAGCCGAGCUCAAACUCAGCCGCAGCUUGUCCAAAUCGGACUCGGAUCUUCUGACCUGCUCUCCGACGGAGGACGAUGCCAUGGGGAGCCGGAGCGAAUCGCUCUCGAACUGCAGCACUGGGAAGAAGAGACUGGAGAAGUCGCCGUCCUUCGCUUCGGAGUGGGACGAGCAGCGCCGGCAGCCGUCGCUUCGUGUCGCCGGAGCUCAGGCCUCGCACAGCAUUGAGAAAAUCAUGAGCUCCAUCGGCGAAGGCAUCGACUUUUCUCAGGAACAGCAGAGGAUCUCAGGUUCGCGGAUGCUGGAGCAGAGUGUCGGGGAGUGGCUGGAGUCCAUUGGCCUGCAGCAAUAUGAGAGUAAGCUGCUUUUGAACGGCUUUGAUGAUGUCCGCUUCCUGGGCUGCAACGUCAUGGAGGACCAGGACCUGCGGGAGAUCGGCAUCAGCGACCCGCAGCACCGCCGGAAGCUCCUGCAGGCCGCUCGCUCCCUCCCCAAGUUGAAACCUCUGGGCUGCGAUGGGAACAGCCAGCCUUCGGUCCCCGCCUGGCUCGACUCCCUGGGGCUGCAGGAUUACAUUCAGUCCUUCCUCUCGAGCGGCUACAGCUCUAUUGACACUGUGAAAAACCUCUGGGAGCUUGAAAUAGUGAAUGUGCUGAAAGUGAAUCUGCUCGGCCAUCGGAAGAGGAUCAUCGCCUCCCUGGCGGACAGGCCCUACGAGGAGCCACCGGCCAAGCCGCCGCGGUUCUCGCAGCUGAGAUGCCAGGAUCUGAUGUCCCAGACGUCGUCGCCCCUGAGCCAGAACGACUCCUGCACGGGCAGGUCAGCUGAUCUCCUGCUGCCCUCCGGGGACACUGGGAAGAGGCAACACGACCGUGGCACCGACGUUGCUCCAUACCCCAGAGCCGAGCGCUACAAACCACAGGAGGACCGCCGUGAGUCAAAGCUGACCCUGCGCCCCCCCAGCCUGGCUGCCCCCUAUGCCCCAGUCCAAAGCUGGCAGCACCAGCCGGAGAAGCUCAUCUUCGAGUCCUGCGGGUACGAGGCCAACUACUUGGGCUCCAUGUUGAUCAAAGAUCUCCGAGGGACGGAGUCUACGCAGGACGCCUGUGCCAAGAUGAGGAAAUCCACAGAGCAUAUGAAGAAGAUCCCGACCAUAAUACUGUCCAUCACGUACAAGGGGGUGAAGUUCAUUGAUGCCUCUAACAAGAACGUCAUUGCUGAGCACGAGAUCCGGAACAUAUCCUGCGCUGCCCAGGACCCCGAGGAUCUCUGCACGUUCGCCUACAUCACCAAGGACCUGCAGACCAGCCACCACUACUGCCACGUCUUCAGCACCGUGGAUGUGAACCUGACGUACGAGAUCAUCCUCACGCUGGGGCAGGCGUUCGAAGUCGCCUACCAGCUGGCCCUCCAAGCCCAGAGAGCGAGGCCUCUGGGUGCUGCAGCGGGAGAAACGAUCGAAACGAAAUCUUCCAAACCGGUGCCUAAACCGCGAGCCGGCAUGAGGAAAUCCGCAGUGCCGCUCCCUCCCGACACUCGCUGUUGUUACUGUCACACCUGUACUACACACCGCCCCUCCUACCUGCCGCUGCAGUCUGUUAGCCCCGGAGCUAAGCUGGAGCCCUCUGAAGUGGACCAAGACUCCCAGUCUCAUGCCAGUGUCUCCUGGGUUGUGGACCCCAAACAGGACUCCAAGCGGACCCUCAGCACUAAGUAUGAGACCACUAUCUUCUAAAGCAAACAAACCCUGUGUCCACCUAGUCUAACCGUGCCUUUGCGAUCUGAUCUGUCUGCUGUUCUAAACUCCCUCUUCCUCCAGCUGCUCGCACUGAGCCCCGCGUAGGCACUACGUCAAAGGCAGCAGCACUUAGGAGACUGUAGACUUAAACGGCUUUUGUACCUGAUCACUACUGAACACUGUGAAUUCUCCUUACUCGGAAACAAGGGUAACACGCUGUUAGAUACCGGUGAGGUGGGAGGUGCAGAGGGAUGCAGGCUGUGGGAAUCUGAGAUGUGGAUCCAGGAAGCCGCCUGCCAUUUUCACGUCUUUCCCCUUGCUCUGGCACUGUGAAUCUCUGGGGCAACGUGACGCUCCCCAGGCCUUUUUUCUAUUUCACAUUCUUAUCCUUGGACUGAUGGAGACCUCUUGUCUCUGCGGUGCACGCGCUCCCUCCUCCCAGAUUCUCUACUUCCCAACUGAGCCACGGCUGCGUACUGUUCCAGCGAACUCACCCCUCUUCUUACCUGUCAUUUGAAUCGACACUAACCACUGUGAUACUGCCUGCAAAUAACACGUUCACUAGAUUUCCUGAUGGGGACCCUGCCCGCAAUCUCUCUCCUUGGAGCCUGGAGCAGAAAACCUGGCUGCGCUCUGAUGGGAGCGCUGGUUUGGGCCAGGUGCGAUCGCUCCCACUGUGAGCUCUGACCCUUCUCGGAGAUCAGCGUGGGGGCCUCCGGGCAGUGCCCUGCAGAGGCUUUUCGGUUGCAUGUGUUUCAGUCCCUUGUAGGAUUUGCCCCACAGACUUUCUGUUUACACUCGCCAAACUCCUUGUGAGCUAUGGGCAAAGUUCUCAUUUUCCAGACUGUAAAGGGGUUAAGCUUUUAAAGGCACAUGUUGUUAGCACCGCGUUGGGAAGGAAAAGUGCUUGAGGAAGGCUGGAUACCGUGGUGUUAGAGGUCUGAUAAAGCGGGCAGAGCUUUGCUGUGUUCAGCAGGUUUCCCGCAGUUUUACUUUUUUGCCAAAGGGAGAAAUGUGAUUGAAAUCAGUCUGCUGCUGAUCCCAAGGCUUAUUUUCAGUCUACAAAACAUUGCACGACGAGGGCUGUAGGGAUCUUGAAACAUCUGUCACCUUCCAUCCUUGAGUGUGAGGAUUUCACUUGGAGAUGGCCCUGUAUCAGUGGGCAUCUCUGCCUUUGCUUUCUCAAGCUGUUUCUUAAGUGCGUGCUGUUUCCUUCUGGGAGCAUGUCCCCAUUUCUGUGUAUUUCAGCAGAAGCUGCCUUUAAUUGCUGAACAUGACUGGGGAUCCUUUGCAUUUGCAACUGCAGGGCACUUGCUGCAAGGGUCGCAGCAGAGCUGGGACGGGUCCAGGUGUGCUGUGGGGCCCUUCAGGGCAGCCCCCCAUGAAUUCCCAAGCACGUCGUCCAUUAGACUAACCCCCAUUCCUUCACUUGCGUUUGCAAAGCUCAGUGAGAUGAAACUGAGGAGGAGAACGAUCCGAUGGUUAACUCACUGAUUUGCAGUGAGUCUAAGUAACUUGGCCUCUCUUUACCUCAGUUUCCCCGUUUAUAGGAUGGGGACAAAACUUACCUACCUACCUCGCAGGGGGCAUGGGAGGCUUGCUCAAUGUGCAGAGCUAUUUUAAGACCCUCUAGUGAAAGGCUUCCACGCAGUGACAGCAAACCCAUUACGCUCAGCUUUGCUCUCCUGAUGCAUGAAAUACCUAACUCGCAAAGACAGUCCUGCAGCAAACCUGCAUCUUGGACGCUGACCAACUUCUCAUGGCAGCGGCUGUCGCACCUUUCCCAGGGACAGAGCCGAGCAGCUGGGGCAGCGUGAGGAGGGCUCUAGCUGUGCACUGUUUGGACUGCAGAAAGCUUGCUAGCAUGCAACCUUAAUGUGAGUGUCUGAACUCACCCAGGGUCUGGCAUCACUGGCAAGAUCCCCUCAGUCCAGUUUUGGAGAGCCAGUGGUGACAGGGGGCCUGUAUUAGGACGAGAGCUGUGAAGAAAGGUGGACAGCUUCCCAUCUCCAUGUGACGAGUCUGCGUGGACAUCUCAAACGAACAUGGAGAGGAGGGCACACACGUAUCUCCAGUAAUGCUCCGUGUUUCCAAACGAGCUUUUAGAAUUUACCCCAAAUCUCCCUUCCUGACAAUUAUGUCAUGCAGUGACAAUUAUGACAAUUAUGAAGGUAUGACAAUUAUGUCAUCAGCAGUGAGUGGUCAGAACAGCAAACCUGGCUUAUUUACAGCUGUUACUUAUGGGCUUAUUCUACAACUUGCAGAGCUGUGGGACAAGCUUGCGUGCAAGUUCUGUUGGGGCCGUGGGUCUGUAGUCUCACGGCUUCUGUUUCCCCAGACUUGUGGUGGAAUCUGAUGUUUCAAAAUCUUUAUUUAGCUCUUUCUCAGGAAUGAGUUUGGCCUCCCCAGUCUGUUGUGGCUUAAUGAUGUUGAGUGGCAAACUGACUUCAAACUAAGAACCAGGCUAGUAAGAAUCCAAGUGAAAGGACUCAAAGGACUGUCUUAAAGCACAAAGAGGAAAACUGUCUUGCACAUAUAUUUUGCAUGCAGUGGAGCCCCUUAACACAGAGCCAGUGGCUCCUCUGCCUGAAGACCUCGGAAGCAGAGCGCUGGUGCUGCGGUUGCCCGAGGUGCCGCAGUGUCACCUUACGGCUGGAGCGUCACAGGCUGCAGAACACUGCAGUGUUUGAGGUGCUCCGAGAGACGGGGUUUGAGUUUGAUAUAUUGGCUUAGCAUCUUUCCAAGCUGUAAAAGUGUGUCCUGAGGAGGUUUUAUGUCCUUCAAAGGGAACUUGAGUUAGUAAUAGCAAUGGUAAUGUAGUUUCUGCUUGUAAGCAUUUACCCUGCAGUUGCUCACGCGUGUACCUGGUUUUAGAGGGUCUGAGCUCUUGCAACUCCUGCUUUCAGCUGGGAACAGCAGGUUCCUCAGCACCUCUUAAAACCAGGUCCCAAAUGCAUGUGCCUUUCUAAGGGUAACCAUCCAAGUACAGCUGGGAUCACAGGCACAUCUGCCUCAACUGCAAAGCUGCUGCCUCCAUAGUGCUCACGGCUUUGCCUCCUCCCCUGGCUACGUGCCUCGUCUCUCCCAGCGCUUGUUUUUGUAUGACUUGUAAAUCAUUCAUUCCAUUAUCUUCCUUUCUGUUUGCCUCUGAAAAGCUGAUCUCCAGGCAGCUGUCUCCUACCACGGAAAUGUAGUAACGGGGCAGAGACCUAAGAAGCAGUGGCCUGCUGACACGAAGAUCAUCUCCAUCUGGCACUGGUGUCUGCCUCUGAGUGCAUGCAUGGCUGCUCAGUGGGGGCUGCCAAGCAGAGGGGGGAAGGGAUCCCAGCAACCAGCUGAGAAAAGCAGCUCUCCAUUUCUAGCAAAGGAAAGUUGAGUCUUCUGAGGCCGAGAGCGAUUGUCACGUUUUCUAGUUUGAGACAGACUUCUUUCAAACCGGUUCUUUUUACAUGCAAAAUCACACAGAGCAAAACACGUUCACAGUUAAAAAUGUAGCAUUGCAGAUUUUUGGUGAGGGAAAAUCCUUAUUUACUGAGAAUCCACAGAGUACUGUAUCCGACAAGGAGUACAAUAGAAAGCCUUAGCAGUGGGAGUGAUGUGUGCAUCUCUAACGGUACUUAAAUUUGCUUCAUUUCUGGGUGAACAGUAGAGAAUGCCAAAUUCUUGGAAAUAACUUCCUCCAGUGUGAGAAGCUUUGCAAGGUGGGUCUGCAGCCUUUGUUUUCAAAGCCACUCCAAGCUUUUAUAGCUUAUGGAAAUAACUUAGGGAAAACAGUCUGCAAAGGAUCUUUCACCCCAGAGCAGUUAUGGCCAAGUAUUACCGAUGGUACAAAGCUUGCUUUCCCUACAGAGAACUGUUGCAUUGCAAUACUUGACAUUUCUAUGGCAAGGACACAAUUUUUUUUCCCAUUUAUGCACUGAAUACCUGGAGAGGACUCCAUUCUCCAGCCUCUUGUGCACCUGUCAUGUUUUUAAAUGCAGUUAUGCCCUGAAGAGUUGGGGGGUUUUACGUUUAUUCAUUUGUGACUUAGCACUUUUUUGAUACUAGCUCAUUAUUUAAUUAGUGCAACAGUUUCAGAAGAUGAACAAAUAAGGAGUUAAAUUCUGGGCUUUCCGCUGAAACAGUCCAUACCUGAGGAUAAAUCAAAUCAACCGAAGGAUGGCUUGGCCCCAGUCAAAGUCCUGUAUCCCCAAAUGCCACCAUGUUGAAGAUGCUGUGUACUUAGUUUCUUUUGAAUUACCAGAGUAUUUAACAGUAGUUUCGGCUGUGACUAAACUGAUGUGUUUCCACAGUACUGUUUCCCUUGAGGGAGAGAUGUUAAAAUGGUUAUGAUUUUUAGUUCUUGAGAUGCAAAAAUGUAGCGCAGCACACUUGUUAUAAUCUCGACAGGCAUCGUAAUGGUUGGGGAUGUGGUACCCUGCUGCUUUAUUAGAAUGAUAUGCCCUAAUAAUUUCUGUUUAACUCCAUUUGCUGCUGUAUUUCAGGAUUUCAUUUAGUCUCUCUAGCCUGUAAGACAGAGAGCAGUGAACCAUAAUCCCAAGGGCAUAGACCUGUAAAUGAUUAGGAGGGGGAAGUGGAGUUUUUUUUUUUUAAUUUGAUGAAUUUAGGAAACCUAACAUUCCUUGUUAUGCAUAUGUUGCAAUUCAUACUGGUGUAAGUGUAAAUAUUUGGUGUGUUGGCAACAAGUCUUUUUGGAGAGAUUGCAAAUUGAACCUCUGCUUGGGAGGAGGGACGCCUUUCUUUUUUGAUGCAUGAGCUUUUGAAGGUUGGCUUGGAGGUGAAGUGGUGAUGAAGACUCCAAUCUUCAAGGGACUGGCCUUAGGCGACCCUGGUGGUCCUUUCCAGUCCUGUGUAUAAAUCUUAUGGUUGUCUUUAGUGAUCCAACAGUUCUUUAGCCAGAUACUCUCUUUCUCACUUCAUAGACAAAGCAAUUAUUUUGGCAACGCAUCUCCCCUCUUAUUUUGGCGGGUUUUUUUCAAGGUACUUGCGUGCUGGAGACUGAUCCUGGACCAUGCCUGUUACUGACUUCUAGCGAUUUGAUAACCUGUCCAUUACGCAGUAUUCUGGCCCUUCCUCCUUACAGGGUCUCAUGGUAUCUGGAGGAAAGUGCCCUAAAUUUCUGGUGCUGAAUAUGACUUUAAAUCAAAAUGCAUCUGCUUUACUACCUGCUUGUGCGAAGGUGGUACUAUCCCAGGUUUUGUUCCCCUUUUCAAGAACAGAUUAUGUUUUAGAGACUUCCAUUUGUAUGUGGCAUGAGUCCAGGCCGGGAACUCGAGACAGAUAAACUAAGAUGCAUAGUUGCUUGUCUUUUUUAAAUAUAGGAGGGGAUGAUUUUUUUUCCUCAAAUGAAAGCUGCUUUAUACUUUUUAAUUUUGCAUUUACAAAAAAUGCUAAUCUUAGCUGUUCAGAUGUCUUUGAACUUGCUUUGAGCUUUUUUUCUUUCUAGAAGAAAAAUUGAUGCAACUUGUGGGGUACGUGCCUGUUCCCUUCCAGGAUGUACCUCCACUGAAAAGUUUAUACCUUCAUAAGGCUGCUGUCAGACACAGACCAGAUGCCAAAUAGUACCUCCAGUUCUGUGUGUAGCUGAAGUGGAUUCAGUUGCUUUAAUGCUCCUUCCAUACCACUUCAGAAAUUUCUAGCAGCAGAAUUUUCCCUGGCUUUCUUGUGCUCACAUCAUGUCCAUGGAAUCAGAUCUUUAUUUUAGAGCAAGCACAGUGUUUGCAAUGCUGCAUUGUUGCAAAAAAAUCUCCCUUUUAGAUCUCAUGUUGGCAUUAUUUACUACAUUUUUCAAAAGGAAGUAAAUGUGCUGCUCUUCAAAAAGUAGAUCUAGCGCGAACAUUUUUCUUACCCUUGGAAGAAAAACCUGAGAUUCCCUAACAGGGCAGAGAACAGUCAAGUUCAGUUUGCAAUGUAGACAUUUUUGCUAAUUGUGAUGUAUGGCAGUGGGACUGAUUUGUAAUACAAAUGUUAUUUAAUCUGUCUGUAUUUUGAUACUUGAAUUUUCUUUUAUUUCCUGUAUAUACAAUUGUUAAUCUGUUCAAAUUUGUCUGAAUUUUAAACAUCUUGUGGUACCAAACAUAACCGAUCUGUGCAACAACAUAGACUGACCUCACUACAACAAGGCGAGAUUGUAAAUAUUCCUGGGCUUCCAGCAGUCGUUUUGUUGUUUCCAUAAUUGUACAACUUAGAACAGACUGAAUUAAUAAACAAAGUUAGACACA